GACUUUUUGACGUUCUUUUCUUAUGCAUGUGCGUUUGUUUAUGGUAUUCUCGUGUCUUUGAGGCUAAAAACAAGUGAAUUAAUUGACCAGAAAAUUAGAGGAAAGUGCAUAAAAUAUAUCAAUAUAAUGGCUCAAGGCAAACUUAAAGUUAAAACAAAAGUCCCAGUCAACAAUAAGAAACCUAAUAAAAAGGGAAGCGCCUUCAGUAAACGAAAAAGUGCCCCCAUCCAGUCUAAAAAGCACAAAUUCCAAGAGGCCCAUAAACUCAAACAAGUGGUGAGCAAAGCUGUGAACCAGCAAAAUGAGGAUAACAUCAGAAAGUUGGCGUACGAAGGGCAAAAAAAAUUAAGCCAAGCACAACAAGCCGUGCUUGACCAUCACAAACGGCAGACGGAAGCUCAAGAAGCAGGCACAUCUAAAAGCUAAUCAUAAUUGUUUCUGGAUUGGGAAAGGUUUUCACAAGUGUUAAAUUCAAAUACAAUUACAAAUAAAUCGCAAAUUUUUAUUGUUUAUCCUAA